AUGUCUUCUCUCACGUUCAUGCACCUCGCAGCGUUUAUGACAAUGACCGAAUUGCCGUCAUUUGAAGGUCUCAAGAACCUUCGGUCACUCACAUUAGCAUGCUUCCUCUCAAUGGUAGAGCUCCCAGCAUUCGACGAUCUGCAGAAUCUCGAGCGACUGGUUCUGGCUUCCAUGCCAGCGAUGGAAAGUCUGCCAGAUUUCUCGCCUGUCGAAGAUCUGAAGUCGUUCGCAGUAUCGGAUCGAGGCGCUUGGUGCUGCAACGGAUUCAUCGGAGACUGCAAUCUGAAUGAUCGCAAAAACUGA